UAGUGAUUGCUGCCGAUUGCAGUUUAGUUUGUUUAUUUUUACAUAAGAGACAUAAAAAGAUACAAAAAUAAAAUAGAAAGCUAUGUCCACACGUUGGUAUCCCAUAUAUCAGCGCGGCAAUCCGCAGCUGCGUGUAUUCCUGCCAAACUUCUGGAUGAAACUUAUUAGACCCACGGAGGAGCAACCGGCUAAUGUUGUCACCUUUGCAGUGUCCACUGAAAUGACCAAAUAUGAUGUGAAAAAUUAUUUGGAGAAGAUUUACAAGAUACCAGUAGUUGAGGUGCGGACACGUAUAGCGCUAGGUGACACCAAACGCGAUCAGACCUACGGAUAUGUGACCAAGAAAGAUGAUGUCAAGCUGGCUUAUGUAACAAUGCCCAAGACAGAGGCUUUCACGUUUCCCGACAUGUUUGCCUCCAAGGCGGAGAAACAAGAGAAGGAUGAAAAAUCAAUGGACGAGUCAAAAGCGGGCUUCAAAAAGUUCCUGGAUCGCAACAAGAAGCGACCUGGCACACCGGGCUGGUAUUCAAUUUAGGCAUUUAAUAUAGUUCAAGUUGUAAUUGCAACGAUUAAUAACAUUUAUUUUGAAAAACCAAGAAACAUAUUUCG